GAUUCGUUCGUUUACGAACACCCCCAACACGUGCAUUGGAUCUUAUAAUUUUACUUCGGUUUUGGCAAAUUUCUACGGCUCACCAUGGUGCGGCCCAACAAUAAUCAACUGCCGGAAAAUCUUCCGCAGUUGCAGAACCUGAUCAAGCGUGAUCCGGAGUCGUACAGCGAUGAGUUUCACAUUCAGUACCAGCACUUUCUGAGUCUGCUGGAAGUGUUUGCUUUGAACCCGAGCGAGGAAAACAAAUCUUUGGAUGACACUGUCAUGUUCGUGGCCCAGGUGGCGCAGUGCUAUCCGGCUGCCUGCGAGCUAUUCCCAAAGCACCUGGCCGAUCUGCUCAGGAACUACGCCACCGUCUUGGAUCCAGCCAUGAGGAAUUGCUUUGUCAAGGCGCUGAUUCUACUGCGCAACAAGAACCUGGUGCCAGCACUGGACAUAUUGGAACUGUUUUUCCAGCUGUUGCGCUGCCCGGACAAGAAUCUACGGACCUUUCUGCAGGCCCACAUUGUCACCGACAUCAAGAAUAUGAAUGCCAAGCACAAGGAUAUGAAGCUAAACUCGAGCCUGCAAAACUUCAUGUACUCCAUGCUGAAAGACGCCAAUCCGAAAGCCGCCAAGAUGUCUGUGGACAUAAUGAUCGAGCUGUACAAGAAGAACAUCUGGAAUGAUCCCAAAUCGGUGAAUGUCAUUGCCACAGUGGGCUGCUUCUCCAAGGUAACCAAGGUCCUGGUCACAUCGCUGAAGUUCUUCCUCGGCCACGACGAAGAGGACGAAGAACCGGACACGGAGAGUGAAAACGAGGUGGACCUGAAGGGUGCUCUGUUGGCCAAUCGGGUCAGCAAGAAGACCAAGAAGGGCCAGAAGCAACUGCAAAAGAUCAAGAAGCAGGCCGUCAAGGCACAGAAGAAGAAAAAGAAUGCGCCAGCGUUUAAUUUCUCCGGCAUUCACUUGGUGCACAACCCCCAAGGCAUGGCCGAGGGCCUCUUUAAGCAGUUGCAGUCCACCAACGAGCGAUUCGAGGUCAAGUUGAUGCACCUUGAUGUAAUAUCCCGUCUGAUCGGCAUUCACGAGCUCUUCCUGUUUGGCUAUUAUCCGUAUAUAACUCGCUUUCUGCAGCCCCAUCAGCGCCAGGUGACCCGCGUGCUCCAGUUCGCCGCCCAGGCGUCCCACGAGCUGGUGCCCGGCGACAUCAUUGAGCCCAUCCUGAAGACAGUCGCCAACAAUUUCAUUACAGAGCGUAACUCCAGCGAUGUCAUGGCCAUCGGCUUGAAUGCCACGCGUGAGAUUUGCAUGCGCUGCCCCCUGGCCAUGGGCGAGGAUCUGCUGCAGGACCUGGCCAUGUACAAAACGUACAAGGAGAAGUCUGUGAUGAUGGCCGCUCGUUCGCUAAUCACACUCUACCGCGAACAGUUGCCGGCUCUGCUGCAUAAGAAGGAUCGAGGACGGCAAACAGAGGCACAGGCGGAGCGGAAGGUUCGGGCCUAUGGAGAGCGCGAAGUCCACGACACAGUACUCGGCGCCGAGGCGCUCCUCAAGAACUCCAAGACCAUUGACAUUGAGAGCGAUGAAGAUUCAGACUCAAAUGAUGGUCAGUGGGUGACCGUGACCCACAGCGAUGGGGAAGGAGGCGGAGCAGACGACGACAACGACGAAGAGGAGGAAGAUGAUGAUGAGAUUGAAGAUGAAAACGAUGGGGACAGCGAUGAAGGAGAGGAGGAGGAGGAUGACUCCAACGCUGAGGAGGAUGCAGCAAGUGACGAAGAGGCAGCUAAACAGAAAAAGGAAAAGAAAGAUUUGAAAAUUCUCAACCAAAAGGAGGCUGCCCAAGAACUGGCACUGACUCGCAUCUUUACGGACGAAGACUUCAAGCGAAUCAAUGCUGCUAAUCUGAAAAAGACCGUCACAAAUUCCCGCAAGCGCCCGCUCGAGCAGGAUCGUGCCGAAUUCGUAAAGCUGAACAGCAUCGAGAUGAUCUUCAAGAAGCGCAAGCACGACAAGGAGUCGCGUUUGGAAACUGUGCAGGCGGGCCGACAGGAUCGCGAACGUUUCGGCUGGAAGGAUGGACGUGUCAACGAGCACUGCUCCAAGACGAAUAGCGAGAAGCGCAAGACCAAGAACUUUGGCAUGAUGCGUCACAAGGCGCGCUCCAAGGUGAAGAAGAGUUUCCGGGACAAGCAGAUUUCCCUGCGAAAGCAUCUGCUGCACCAGAAGAAGAUGAAAUAAUCGCUGAGCAUCAUCGAAAUGUACAA